GUCGCAGUGAGUUGUCAACAUCCGGUGUAAACUGAACGAAAUUUAAAUAUUUUAUAACACGUUCUUUUAUGUUAAAGCAGAAAGGUUAUGUCUGAAGAUGAACGUGGAGCUAUUGAGUCAUUAUUCUGCCUCCCUGGGGAAUGCGAAUUCCAAGAAAAUGAAGUCAUUAUCAAUACUAAUAUAGACGGAUUUGAGUCAACAAGCAGUUUAGUUCCAGAAGUUACAACACAUGUCAAAAUAGUGUUUCACCUAGGACAAGAUUACCCUAAUAAGUUUCCACAGAUGUCUAUAUUCUCAGGAAGCCUCGACAGGGAAGCUAUAUCAAGGGUGAAAAGUAAAGUUCUACAAGACUCUGCAAACUUGCUUGGUGAACCAAUGCUGAUUUCUUUAAUUUCAUCUGUCAAAGAAUACUUGCAACUUGAAUUAGAAUCAAUACAUACAAUGGCUAGAAUGUCGAAUGAUGUUCAAAGAAGCUGUGAUAAAAGUAAUAGUGAUAAAAUAUGGACCACCAUCUUACAUAUUGAUCACAUGAGAUCUAAGAACAAAUAUUGUAAGACUUUAGAAAAAUGGGCUUCAGAAUUAACAUUAUGUGGCAAAAUUUUAUUUUGUAACAAGCUAAUUAUAGUUCUUCUGCAAGGGGACAUUCAAAAUAUAAAGGACUUUAUUGUGAGACUUAAAACUGUAAGUGUUGAUGUAGACUCAAAGGGACACAGUUGCAAGGAAAGAAUGAUGACUGUACUAUGUGAACAACAACACAAGAUUUCGGACAUAAACAGGUUGAAAGAUUUCGAGAAAAAGGAGUUAGCAAGCAGAGAUCAGCUGGAGACUAUAUUCAUGGAGGCGGGGCUUAUUUCAUUAUACAAAGAGCAUGUGAUGAAACUUCAUUGACAAAAAUAUCAAAUAUUGGAGUGAAAGUCAAUGGAUGUUGGAAUUAGUAAGACAUGCAUGUAUAUGUGUGUAUGUAAUCUAUAAUUAAUAAUCGCCACCAGAAACCUAUAAGAGCGACUCAUCCAGAAAACUAACUUUAGUGGGAGGAUAUUAUGCUCCAAUUCCUGAAGCUUCACUGGUUCUGUUGAGUGCUAAGCACCUAUACACAGGACACUUAUCCCAAUGUUAGUUAUUUUAGUUGGAGGAGAGUGGGCUCGAACUUGCAACCCUUGGCUUCAAAGUCAGACAGUGUUGGCACCAACUUUAGAGCACUGUAUCCGCUUCUCAGUAAUGCAUGAUGUGUGUCAUUGCUCAGAUUAUAGUACAGCAAAUUUGUAAAACACAUAUUAUUAUGAAAAAACCUUCAGGAACAGGAUUAAAUUUUCAUCAAUUUUGUAGAUAGCUUUGACAAUAUUUGAUAAUUGCUAAGUGGAAUAAUGAACAAUAUUUUUGCCUUACAUCCGUUCAAUCUUGAUUUUAUCCUGAAUCUCUGCAGUUGCUACUACAAAAUUAAAUGGCUUAUGUUACUUUAACUGAAUUGUUGUCAGAAGUGAAGUUUAGUUCUGUUUAAGCACACAAAACACUUCUUGCUUUACAUAUAUUAUGGCAAAUAUCUCUGUUUUAUAAAUUGAAAUGAUUCUUUACUGUGGAACUGUCAUGAAUUUCAAAUAAACUACAUAAACGUAAAAAUAGAUAUUGUA